UCGCUCACUUCAAUGGCGUCCUUUUACUACGCUUUUUUUUUGACGGGGAUUUCCUGAGGAAGUCGGAGGGGGCUUUCCAGUUACUCGAAUUGACAUCAACAGCGCACAAGGCUUGAGCGCUGGUGGAUUUUUUAGCUUCUCCACGGGCCAAAUUGCGCACUUUUUCUUCUCCAAACUGGACAUCCGACCAUGAAAAGGUUUGGUGUCUCGGUGGCGGCUGCCUGUGCGAAAGCAAACGAGGACGGAUUUCUCUGUGAAUUGUAGCCGCUGGAAACCUUCACGGCGUCUGGGAGCGUUCAUGAAGUGGACAAGCCACCGAGGCUCCGGCUGUUACAUUGUUCAGAGGCGAAAACCAGUGUUGCAAUAUCGGACGACGUCCAUAACUGAUUCAUGUCAUGUCCUUGCCGCGCCGUGUGGACGGGCGGGAGCAGCCGAUUGCUCUGCAUCAGCAGCAGUCCUUACUCCCGCUUCGUGGUGGUUUUCAGGACAACUUCAUCAUGCCUCCUGAGCCUAAGUACUGCUGCGAGCACUGUCGCAUGGUGCUGUGUAAUCCUCGGCAGACCGAGUGCGGACACCGCUUCUGCGAGAGCUGCAUUACCCAGCUGCUUGGUAAACCAAAUCCAGUGUGCCCAGCUGAUAUGGAGCCAUUAUCUCAAGAUAAAAUAUUCCGCGAUGUUUGCUGUCAUAAAGAGAUUAUGACAUUGAAAGUCUUCUGCCGCAGUGCAAAAAACGGAUGUAAAGAACAAAUGAGUUUACAACAGGUUACGGACCAUUUGAACAUGUGUGAGUACUUUGAGGUUCCCUGUCCGUUGUGUAAAGAGAAGAUCAUGAGGAAGGACAUGCCUGAACACUUGAGCCGCAAAUGCAAAUACCGUGAGGCCACCUGUGAAUUCUGCAAACACAAAAUAGCCUUAACAGAGCUACAGAAACACAAAGAAACCGUAUGUCCUGCAAUUCCAGUAGCAUGCCCUAAUCAUUGUUCAGCUCCAUCCAUUUUAAGAAGUGAGCUGUCCAUGCACCAGCAAGAUUGUCCGAAGGCUCAAGUCACUUGUUCCUUCUUUCGUUUUGGCUGCACCUACAAGGGUCUAAACCAGGAAUUGAGGGAGCAUGAGUCAAGCUUUGCGUCAGAACACUUGCGACUAAUGGUGGCUAGAAGCAACACCCUGGAGGCCAAGGUGGAAGAUGUUAAGAACGAGCUGCUGGAACGCUACAAGGUUCUCCCAGGUCUGAACAGUCGUAUUACAGAAGUGGAAGAACAGUAUAAAGAGAUGAGAGAAAACCGGCAGGUGGAGCAAAAACUCUCCACUAUGCAGAAGCUAAUGAGUACACACUCCGAGAAGCUGCUGGAAGUGGAGAUGGAGCUAAGGGAACUGCGGCCAUUAAGGGCCAUGCGUGAGGAAGUGGAAGCUCUCAGGGGGGCCGUGGAGAGCAUGCGCUCUAUGGUAGCAUCACUUGACUCUGUCCGCACCGGUUCGGGUACCCACACGAUGACCUCAUUAGAGACGGAGCUGUCACGGCAUGACGAGCUGCUGAGUGUGCAUGACAUUCGCUUGGCCGACAUGGACCUUAAGCUGCAGGUGCUGGAGACAGCCAGCUUUAACGGAACUCUUAUUUGGAAGAUUUGUGACUACAAACGGCGCAAACAAGAGGCGGUGGCUUCUAAAACACUGUCGCUUUACAGCCAGCCCUUCUACACUGGCUAUUUUGGCUACAAGAUGUGUGCGCGUGUUUAUUUGAACGGUGAUGGUAUGGGAAAGGGCACACACCUGUCACUCUUCUUCGUAGUGAUGCGUGGUGAGUACGAUGCACUGCUGCCAUGGCCUUUCCGCCAAAAGGUGACACUCAUGCUAAUGGACCAAGGUCCUACACACAAGCACCUGGCUGAUGCCUUCAAGCCUGACCCAAACAGCAGCAGCUUCCGGCGGCCCACAGGGGAAAUGAAUAUUGCCUCAGGGUGUCCACUCUUUAUUACCCAAACUGUGCUGGAAAACGGCAGCUACAUCAAAGAUGACACCAUCUUCAUCAAGGUCACAGUGGACACCUCAGACCUGCCUGACCCAUGACACCUGGACACUUAUCCCAUUGAGGGCCUGGUGCUCAUCACGGAUGUUACGAAGUCACAGGAUUGGGAAAAACAGAGCAGGAACCGAUGAGAAGAAUCAACCAAACACAAGAGCGAGCUGAAAGUCUCAGGCUGGUACUCCUGAGACUGAGGCACAGAUUCUUGAGGGACAGAUUGCACUCUCCUUUGGAUCAUGACCAGAGUAGGAGGGUCUCAGAUAGCUACAGUGUUCAAGAUGGAGCAGAAAGAGCAAAGGGUUUUCACAUCUAAUCAAACAAAUUAUGUCCUUGUCUGUGCUGGUAGAAAUUAACAGAAAGGCAAAAUAAUGACAGUGAUCAUGAUGCCAACCUGAUGAGUUGCCUUUCACCCAGAAAAAAAAUGUAUAAGGGAUCGUUUUUGUUCUCUGUAACUGACAUUUUGCUUUUUUCAAGAAUUAAGAAAUAUUUAAAUAAAAAUGAACAAUAUUUCAAUCCGAUAUAGCAAAUAAAUGGGCCUCAUUUAUCAAUCUUUUAGUAAAGUUAAAGUUUAGUAAAUUAAACAAAACAAAAUACAAAUUCCUUUAGGUUUAGGUAAAUGAUUUGUACUCCAGGUCUUAUGUUGUUAAAAAGCUAGUUUGCUGCUUGCAUUUAGUGAUACCCAUAAAACAUAUCAGCAGGGGAUAAUGAUGAAUAAAACGAUGGCUUAAUGAUAAGAGUAACCCCAAAAUGUGAAAUUUGCUAAAAUGGCCUAAACACACACUAGCUCUUCCUCCCUUCAUAGGGUGCUAUUUCUUUUUAUCCUAGCUGGAAAGCUGGUGUUAUUGUUCAUAAUUUAUGGAUUGGUUUUUGAAUUUAUAGUCCGGCUUUCAUUCAAGUCACAUUCACAAUUUUUUUCACAUUUUCAUGAACGUUUGUGUGUACUUGAAACUUAUCCAGGAAGUGUUAUUCAAUUUGAAAAUAUGUGGAUUUUCAUAAAAAUGUGUGUAUACUUGAAAUAACAGCAAUUUAAACUUGACAGUGUGAUCUUUAUAUAAAAUUAUAAAAUCUGAGUAACUCAUUAGUCUACAUCAGCUUUAGUUCAUGUGCUUGGUGAGCUUCACAUUAGUGAGUACUUGCAUGUGAAAACAAAUUUGCUACAGUAGCUUUUGUAGGAUACAAAAUCAAAAAUCCAGUUCCAAUUAACUGGAUUUUGAUGAGUAGCAAAUAUAUUAUGUAAAUGCUCCGAUGAACACUUUAUGAAUAGAUUUGCUCGUAUCCAGCUUGAUAAAUGAGGCCCAAGUUGAUAUUUCAGGCUGUUGAUCUGGAAGAUAAGCUUUUACUUUCAGUGAAAUUCAACUGUAUCCAGUGAUAUAUUGGUGGUUAAAAAGGCUAAAGAAAUAAACGUUCAGUGUAGCGUGCUGAGUCAUUCAUAUAGAGAAGAAUGUGUAUAGAAUGUGUUGUGUGCACACGGUGGUAGAACUUUCUUUUUUGGUGUACUGGUAUUGGAUUGUAUUGGACCUGUGCUGUAAAGCAUAAAGAGAAAAGAAAUGCAGGAAACACAUGGGGCGCAAAAAAAAAAAAGGAUGCAUGUUAAAUCAACAAAACCGAAAUGCGUUUUAUUUCCCAAAUGUGUUUACUAUUCUGACAUUAUUUUUUGUAAUGUUAAAUAUUGAUGGAUGCUGUGCAUCAGAAUAUAUUGCUCUUUUUUUAACACCGUUUGUAAUACUAGCCAACAGCUAUGCUGACAGAAACAUUUACAGUUAACCAGAUCACUUUUCAAGGAGAAUAUUUGCACAAGUAUGUUUUUGUAUGUGUACUGCAAAUGUAUAUGUAUAUGAAUAUAAAAAACACAAACAUUUUACCAUGA